AUGUUACAUCCCAGUGUCCAGCCGAGUGUCGCUACGCCCCUGGCGGGAUGUUGGAUCCAAGCAACCUCGGGUUUCGCCGAUGUGAGGGAUUUCUGCCAUUGGUCAAUAGCAUAUAGCGCAUGUGCCGAAAUUGGAGGGGAAAUGAGAGACACAAAGGGAGCGAGGGAAAAUAUUCAGAGAGUAAAGCCUGUUGUCCGUCUGCAAGCAGAGGCGAAGGGAUUUCGUGUGAGGGGAGGGGGGGAAGGGAGCGAGGGCGAAACAGUUCAGGAAGGAAGCUCGGCAGCAGGCUGUGGGAGGGCGAAAGGGGGCAAGCGGCAAGGGCAAAGGGGAAGGGCGAAGGGGAGGAGCGAGGCGAGGAGGGAAAAAGUUGAGAAGGUGGAAGCGGCGAGGGCGAGGGGCGCCAAACCCGAACGGGCGACGGCAGGUUCGACGCGGCCAAUGGGCGGGGUCGACGGCGGCACGCCAGGCCCGUUCGGGAAGCGGCGCGAGGAUGAGGCUGGAUGCAGCCGCGUACUCACCGUCUGA